UGCGCCCUGAUGUCGGCGUGUGUGUGUAAACAGUUGUACGGUCUAGGAGGCAAAUCAAAUUGUAAUUUUAAUGAAAAGUUUUAAAACAGGCGCACAUCUUUGUAUCGGUUCUCUCGUGUUUGGUCGGUGAAGGAGGCGAAAAUGAAGAUUAAAUCCAAGUCUUCGUAUCAUAAAUCUGAGAACACCUACAGGUUUCUCACGUUUUCUGAGAGACUUGCCAAUGUAAACAUCGAUGUGAUCCAUCGCAUAGACAGAACUGGGUCUUAUGCAGAGGAAGUAGAAACCUACUUUUCUGAAGGACUGACAAAAUGGAGAGACCUCAAUUUAACAGAACAUUUUACAACAUUUUUGAAAGAGGUUUCCAACAAGAGCCAGUCCUUCAACAUGCUGGUUUUCCAUCAGAAGACCAUAGUGCAGAGCCUGAAAACACACCUAGCUGUGAAAAACAGUCUGGCCUACCAGCCACUGUUGGAUCUGGUAGUGCAGCUUGCCAGAGACCUGCAGACUGACUUCUACCCCCACUUCCCCGACUUCUUCAUCCUCAUCACCUCUUUACUUGACACUAAGGACACAGAGGUCCUGGAGUGGGCUUUCACCUGCCUGUCUUACCUCUUCAAGUACCUAUGGAGGCUCAUGUUGAAGGACAUGGUCAACAUCUACAGUUUGUACAGCACACUGUUAGCACACAAGAAGGAGCACAUCAGGAAAUUUGCCGCUGAAAGUUUUUCAUUUUUGAUGAGAAAAGUUCCAGAUCUUGAUGCCUUGUUGAGUCAUGUGUUCUCAGACCUGGAGACGUACCCUGACAAGGCAGAGGGGACAGGUCAGCUGCUGUUUGAUAUGUGCAAAGGAGUCCGAAACAUGUUCCACUCCUGUACCGCAACAGCUCUUUCUGUAGCUUUGCGUAAGCUGGGCUCCACUACCAGUCCAGGGGUGUCUCUGCCCUGGGACACUGUCAGGGAUGCUCUGGAUCACAUGGCUCAGGCUGCAGCCAGUCAUGUCAACAAAGAACAUUUCUUGGUUAUGUGGGAGACCCUACAGGCCAGUAUAGUUGAAGUUCUGGGUGUAGUGGAGGCAAAAGGAGAAGAAGCAGCCCAGGCAGCAGAGCAGCUGGAGAGGCUGUUGUUCAUUCUUCAUAGCCUCGUGUCUCAUCGGAACGGAGCUAAGGUCACAAAGCCAGAAGCCGUCUGCCAGACAGUGUUACAGCUGAUCCAGACCUCAGCUCUGCCAGCUUCCUGUUCCCGUCUGCUCCUCCAGAUCAUAUCCUCUGUCCUCCUUGGUGAGAACAUCACCCUGCCCAAAGCUCUCAUCCAGGAGAUUGUCCAAAAGGUGUUUGGCAGUACAAUGGGACAAGAUCUGAUCUUAGAGUUUACUAAGGAAAUGUUCACCAUGAAGGAGUUUGAACAGCUCUUCCUCCCCAGUCUGCUGCGUUUCACUGCUGGGUUAUUCAGCUGUGGUGACCGUCUCUCUCUACUCUCUGGCCUGGAGGUGCUUGUUAGUCUGAUCCUGGCCAAAGCACCACCUCCCACAGAUGGCUCCAUGGCCUUUGAAACCUACCCGUUACUCUUUACCGGACAGACCACAGGAGUUUUUAGAAACAAGGAGGCAGAUCAGCCGAAUGGUGAAAUAUCAGAGCAGCCGGCAGUACCAGAGCUGGUACUAUCAUUCGUCAAAUUUCCUGAAGAGCAGAACCAGCCUAUCACUGAUCUGUCGCUUCCCUGGGCAGCUCUCAUCCUGCUGCCACACCUCAGACCUCUGGCUUCAACUUGUGUCAUUCCACCUGUGACGGCUCUUCUAAACCGUCUGCUGUGUGAAAUUGAGACAGAUAAACUGGGGAAAGCUGCUCUGUAUGUGGUGAGACAGGCCCUCAGCUGCCUCCUCACUCUGGACAGCUCUGCUCAUGUCUUGUCACUCGUCGCUGUAGACAAAGUGACUUCACUUCUACGGAAGUUUCCCUCAGACCUGUCAGCCCUGCUUCUUGGAGAUCUCUAUUAUACCCGCCUAGCACUGAAUGGCGUUUCUGAGCAUUUAUCCCAUAGUGCACUGCUGGAGGUCUUCCACAUUCUGCACAUCAACCUCUCCUCCAACAUCUCCAUGAUUCGCCUGCUGACUCUCAGGAUCCUCUCGCACUUUGAGGCUGAACUCCCUACACACACUGAGGGUGAGGAGAAUGUGGAGGUGCAGCCGGUGUUUGCAGUUUGUCUUCAGGCGGAGCUGGUUCCGGCUUCAGUGCAGGACUACAGGGAAAAACUGCUUCACCUCCGAAAGCUGCGACAUGACCUGGUACAACGCAGUCUGCCACAGGGGUCAGACACCACCUUCCAGCAGGUGCCUCUGCGUUACCUCAUCGCCAUGCUGUUCGUCAAUUUCAGGCCCCUAUGGGAUGCAGUCAUUGAGCUACUUGUGAGUCAUGCUAAAGGGAUGGACAACAAGGACUUCUGGAGGGUCUACCAUGAACAACUGGAGAUGGUGGCUACAAUUGCUGAAAAAGAGCUGCAGGAGAUUGAUGAAGAUGAUGAUAAUGGUGAAAAGGAUGAGUCAAAUCUUCAGGGUGAACCCGGCUGCGAUGUCAUUGAAAGUGGCGAUGUGGGUGUGCUCUUCCUACAGCAGCUGAAGUUGACCUUUGACUCCAACGACAGGACAGACUUUCCUAAUUUCCGCAGCCUGCUGUGGCGCGCCAUGUCACAGUUUCCCGACAGGGUGGAACCACGCAGCCGUGAACUGAGCCCUCUACUGCUUAGGUUUAUCAGGGAGGAGUUUUACCCCACAGACCUGUUAGUGGCACCCACUCAAGACCUGAGGAAAAGGAAUGAUGUUGCCCUAGAGGAGUCUGAGAUGGCGGUGGAGGAAGAGGAGGAGCAGGAGGUGGAGGAGGAAAGCAGACAGCAGAAGAAGGGGCCUCCAAGGAGAGCUGCAGCCAAGCAGCUGAUUACCCAUUUGAAGGUGUUUGCCAAGUUCACCAACCCUUGUUCCCUCUACAUGGAGAGCAGCCUCAGUGAGCUCUACAAUCAGUUGCUCUGCCAUCAGGACCAUCAGAUUCAGCGGGUGGCACUGGAGUGUGUUCUCACAUACAAAGACCCCAACAUCGUGCCAUACAAGGAAAAUCUGGAGAGGCUUCUGGAUGACAAACACUUCAAAGAGGAGAUUGUUCAUUUUAAUAUCUCUGAGGAGACGGGGGUCGUUGAAGCGUCACACAGAGCCAGACUCAUCCCACUGCUCAUGAGGAUCCUGUUUGGUCGUCUGCGCAGUAAGGCCGGCAGUAAGUUCCAGGGAAAGGCCAGCGCUGCAUCCCGCUCCUCCAUUAUUUUGCGCUUCCUUGCAGGAUGCCAGGCUGAGGAACUAGGAAUGUUCAUUGACCUGUUGCUGGAACCUGUCUGCCAUCACAGCCAAGGUUCCUGUCUGGCUGCAGUGGAGCGGGCAGUAGCUGAGACUGAUGUGGGUGCUGUUCUGCCACUGGGCCGUCAGCACAGCCUUCUAAAUAUCAUCAGUGUGGUGAUGCACAAACUGGGCCACCUUAUCCACACCUACCUGCCCAAGGUGCUGCAGAUCCUGUUGUGUGUCACUGCCUCAGUGUCCACUGUCCUGGAAAACAGGGACCAGCUGCGGGUUGGUUGUAUCAGCCCUCUAAAGAACCUGAGGCGACUCGGGAUUCUAAGGAUUCUGGACUUCUUUGAUGGUUUCGACUCUUACAGUUUCAGCCCUGAUGAGGUGGAUGCAGUUUUCCAGAGUGUGGUCUGGCCUCAGGUGUGUCGUCUGCCCACAGAGAGCCCCUACUCUCCCACCCCUCUGCUCAAACUCAUCCAUUUGUGGUGCAAAAAUGCCAGGUAUUUUCCCCUGUUGGCCAAGCAGAGGACAAACGGCCCUGAGUUUGAUGUACUCCUCAAUGUUUUUGCCCUCCUCUCCGCCAAGAAUGCUUCUCCAGUGACUAUCACCAUGGUGAUGGACAUAGCAGAGUCCCUGGCGACCACUGAAGACUUUGUCUCGUCAGACACUGAGACAGAACUGAUUGUCAACAACUGUGUGUUCCCUCAGCCUGCAGAGAGUGCACUCAUCACUGCAGAUUCUUUAAGUCAGGGCUCCAGGCUGCUGCUGCCGCAUAUCUCCACCCUGCUGCAGUACCUCAGUGGAGUUGUACGGAACACAGACCGGCUCAAGAAGAAGAAGUUCAGAGCACAGGUGGCCAAAGAGCUCAACAUCCUCUCCAAGGUCAGUCGAUUUGUAAGUGACAAAGACCAGAGCUCUGUGCUCAUCAGUCUGCUGCUACCUUACCUCCAGAAAAGCAACAACCCCCCGGAGACAGAAAUUGACAUCCUUGCUACAGUACAGAAUCUGUUGCGGCAGUGCACACAGCCCUCAGCAUUCCUGCGGCCGCUAGGAAAGUUAUUCUCUGUGAUCCACAGCAAACUGCCCCGGCAAGCCCUCACGAAUGUCUUCCAGACUCUGUCAGAUCUGGAGCCAUCACUCACAUACAUCACUGACAUAGCUACCAAGCUGAAUGCGUUUGACAGUCGACACCUGGAUGAAAUCUACUUUGAUGUACGCUUGUCAGCUUUCCAAGGUGCUACUAGGCGUGUGAAAGACAUGCAAACUCUGGACCUGGACUUCAUCAGCACCGUCAUACACAACUGCUUCCACACCUAUGAGAUCGGUGACAUGUCCCUGGCAGACAACGCCACCUUAUGUCUGUCUGCAGUGAUUGCCCAGCUCGCAGCGGUCGGAGCUGGAGAACAGGUGUACAGGGACAUCAUACAACACACCAUCCUGGAUGCAGUGCACAAGGGAUUACGCAGCAAAACGGAGAAUGUUCAGCAUGAAUACACAACCGUUCUCGCCUGCUUGGUGAAGACUUUUCCUUCCAAAAAAGAGUUCAGAGACUUGGUGCAGCUCACCGACUACAACGACCCUGAAUCGGACUUCUUUGAGCACAUGAAGCACAUCCAGAUCCAUCGUCGAGGUCGCGCCCUACGGAAGUUGGCCAAGAGUCUGACUGAGGGCACCGUGGUCAUGACGUCUCGUUCCCUCCAGAAUUAUAUAAUGCCUUAUGCCAUGACGGCCCUCCUUGACGAAAAAAUGCUGAAGUAUGAGAACAUGACUUCAGCAUCAGUGGAGGUGGUGGGUGCAGUGUGUCGCAGGCUCACCUGGUCCAAAUACCUGUACUACCUCAAACACUUCAUCCACAUCCUGCAGACUGCACAAGCUGAGCAGAAACUGGCUGUUAGUUUGCUGGUCACAGUUCUUGAGGCGUACCACUUUGACCACCAGACCCUCAGUAAAGAAAUGGAGGCUGCUGAAGCCAGAGAAGGGGGGAAAGUGGCCGUGGAUGCAGAUGAUGAUGGGGAGGAUGAUGCAGCCGAUGAAUCUGAUGCAAGUGACGAUGAGGAAGCCAUGGAGACCGACAGUAAGACUGCUCCGGCUGAUGUUCCCAUGGAAACAGACACCACUGAUGGAGAAAAGGAAGCUGUCUCCAGUGAAGCAGCCACUACUGAAGUUAAGAAGCCGGUGGUGCCAAAACUCACCAUGGUAACCAGCGGGCUGCCACAGAGCAAAGAGGAACUGGAAUCUCUGAUCAGUGCCAUUCAUCGGACGAUUCACGACAGCGUGCUUCCCCGCCUUCACAAGUGUCUCACUGCAAAAGUUCAGCGUGAUGAGGAGCACAAGGCGGUGAAGUCCAAGGAUGUGAAGGAUGAGGAGGUGGUCCGAGUACCGAUCGCCUUUGCCAUGGUCAAGCUGAUGCAAACUCUGCCUCCACACAUUAUGGAGGCUAACCUGCCUGGGAUCCUGAUUAAAGUGUGCAUGCUGCUGAGGAAUCGCUUCCAGGAGAUCCGAGACGUGGCUCGUGGAACACUGAUUAAGAUUAUAGAGACACUGGGUUUCAGGUACCUUCAGUACCUGCUCAAAGAGAUGCAGAGUCUUCUCGUCAAGGGCUACCAGGUCCACGUGCUGACAUUUACAGUGUACCAGUUACUGUCUGCCCUCAGUCCAACCCUAAAGAGCGGUGACCUGGACCCAUGCAUGAACAUGCUCAUUGAUAUCUUCAACAAUGAGUUGUUUGGGGCUGUAGCUGAGGAGAAGGAGGUGAAGGGCAUCGUCUCCAAGCUGAUGGAGGCAAGACACAGCAAGAGCAUGGACUCCUAUGAGCUGCUCGCCCAGUUCUGCAGUAAGGAGAGCAUCACAAAGCUGAUACUGCCACUCAAAGAGAUUCUAGAGACCUCAUCCAGUCUGAAGGUGUGUAACCGGGUGGCUGCUGUGCUGCGACGGCUGGUCCUGGGUCUGCUAGCCAACACUGGCAUGACUUCUCAGGAUAUCCUCCUCUUGAGCCACGGACUAGUGAGCGAGAGCCUGCCACUGCUCACCAAAAGAGACCGAGAAAAAGCAUCAGUUCAACCACCCCCAGACCCUAGAUUGCCCCCUCCCAGCUGCCUACUGCUUCCACCAACACCAAAGAGAGGUGGUCAGAAAGCUCCAGUCAGCAGCAGAACCAAUAUGCACAUCCUGGUGGAUGCUGGGCUAAAGCUGCUUCACAUGAGUAUGAAGAAAGCCAAAGUGACAUCAUCCGAGGCCUCAGCUCUGGAGAUGCUGGAUCCUUUUGUUCUGCUGCUACUUGACUGCCUAAACUCCAUGCAUGUCAAGGUGAUAACCGAGGCUCUGGUGGCAUUCACGUGGCUGUUGAAGUUCCCUCUGCCUGCGGUGGAGCAGAACGCCAGCCAGCUGACAAAGCAGCUCUUUAUCCUGCUGAAGGAUUACUCCAAGGCUGGGGCGGCCCGUGGGGAGAACUACCACCUGGUCCAGAACUGCUUCAAGGCCAUAACCAUACUGGUGAAAAAUGUCAAAACCAACAUAAUCUCAGAGACACAACUGCAAGUGCUGCUGGGAUACGCUGAGGAAGACAUCUACGACCAGUCUCGCCAGGCCACAGCCUUCGGCCUGCUGAAGGCCAUUCUGUCAAGGAAACUCAUCGUUCCUGAGAUGGAAGAAGUGAUGAAAAAAGUGGCUAAACUGUCGGUCACUGGCAGCAAUGCUAUGAUCAGAGUCCACUGUCGACAGAUCUAUCUGAAGUACCUGCUGGACUACCCUCUGGGGAGGAAGCUGAGACCUCACCUGGACUUUGUGGUGGCUCAGCUAACCUACGAGCACGACACAGGCAGGGAGUCUGUGCUGGAAAUGCUGGCCUACAUCUUCCAGAUGUUCCCUCAGAAAAUCCUGCAGCAGAACUGUGGCCUGUUCUUUGCCCCGUUGGCUCUGGUGGUGGUCAAUGAUGACUCGGCACGCUGCAAGAAAAUGGCCGCCAUGGCCAUCAAAGCCCUGUUGGCCCAACUUGACCUGAACCACCAGAAUACCAUGUUCUCCCUCGUAGACACCUGGUUGAAUUCAGAGAAGACAAGCCUGCGGCGUCUCGGGGCUCAGAUUUGUGGUCUGUUUGUGGAGGUAGAGGAAGAGAAAUUCCACCGUCGCCUUGGCAACCUGCUGCCUCUCCUGGAGAAGGGAAUAAACCCUGACAACUAUGAAGAUAUUGAGGAGGAACAGGAGGAGAAAGGAGCAGACAGACUGUUGUUCAGUUAUCUGACACUCAUCAGCAAACUGACCAAACACUGUGGCCUGUUGGAGCUCGGGAAGCCUGAGGAUACACUGAAUCGCAUUUGGGGGCAUGUGGAAGCCCACCUGCGGUACCCUCACUGCUGGGUGUGGCUGACUGCCUCGCAGCUCUUUGGCCAGCUGUUUGCAGCCCACCAGGCAGAACAGCUGGUCAUGGUUUGGAGAGGAGAGGUAGAUAAAGUAACUCAGCUGCCAUCCUUGGCAUUCAUCACCAACAGCCUGGACAAGAAGAUGAGGGAGUUGGCGUUGUCUUUCUGCCAUCAGCUGCAGUCUAAGUUCCUGGACACAGCAUCAGGAGAGCAGGUGAUCAAGAACUUGCUCUUCGUCGGCAAAGUGAUCUACCUCAUUUCCCCCGAGUGUGACGACACUACAGCUGACGAAGGGGUGAAGGAGGAGGAGAAAGAGCACGAGCAGCAAGAGGAUGAAAAUGGCAAUGAAGAGCAGGAGAAAGAAAAGGAAGAGGAAGAAGAGGAUGAAGAUGACAAGGAUGAUCGGCCCCCUUCUCUUCUUUGGUUGAUGAAGAAGUUGUCUCUGAUGGCCAAGAGAGAAGCAGCACACACUCCCAAAGUCCCUCUGAAGAGAACGUGUGUGUUUAAAUUUCUCGGAGCGAUAGCCAUGGAUCUGGGGAAGGAGCGCCUCGGCCCGUAUCUGACCACUAUCAUCACUCCUCUGUACAGGGAGCUGGACAGCACAUACGCAGAACAAGAUCCUACUCUGAAGAACCUAGCACAGGAGUUGAUAGAGCUGAUGAAGAAACAGGUGGGACUGGAGAGAUUCUCCUUAGCGUUCUCUGCUGUCCAGAAGGAGUUUUCACAGAGACGAGCAGCACGCAAACGGCACAGAGCCAUGCAGGCGGUGGCGAACCCUGACAUCGCUGCAAAGAGGAAGCUCAAGAAAAAUAAGAACAAAAUUGAAGCCAAAAAGAGGAAAAUCGAGUUCCUUCGGCCUGGAUAUAAAGCUAAAAAGCACAGAAGCCACGCACUCAAAGACCUGGCCAUGGUGCAGUGACAAUGAGUGCAGAGACCAGAAUCUGUCACUCAUGGACACUUGGUCUGUUAAGCCACUCCUUUUGACUAUGCAGGUAUAUGUGGUGGCCAAGUCCAGGCUCAGAAGCAACAGACUCCAACAACUCACACCUGAUGUUACAUAAGGAUGCAUGUAAAAUCACACUGACCCCGCUGAUGUUCCAGCCUGGAGCUUGUACAAACCAAACCAAGCAAAAUGAUAGAUCUUUUGUGUAUUACACAAUUGACUUUCCUGUGUGGGAGAAUUAUAUAUAUGAGACAUUGUGACAUGAAAACAAUUUACACAGCAGGAAUUCUCUGUAUUACUAGGAUAUUCCUUCAGAUUCAUGAUAGAUGAGUUUUUUCUUGCUAUAAACAGGUUGUAGAACUCCAAAGAUUUAUAUCAUGUACAUUUUUUUGUAAUUAAAAACAUCCAGCGCUCUUA